AGUUUAAGGAUUCCUGCAAACGAAACGAAGAGCAUGGACGCUUCUAAGUUGCAAUAUAUACAAAAAUAACGAAAGCGUUGCAUUGCUAUCGGAGCGCUGUGCCCCUUGUUCUACCCCCGGGCCCUUGACGAGCUCUCUGCUUGGAGGGCUCCCAGGGAGCUCUCUCCUGAUUGUCCAACAGGCAGCCUCCUUGCGACUGGCUCAACUGAAAGCCCAGCUAGCACUGACGCAGAUAAACAAUUCUCUCGCUUUUGGCAGCCAGGGAGCAACAUUUGCAACCAACUCCAACAAAUCUAUUCCCUACAUAUCUACAACGCCCCCUUGCCCAACUGCUGCAGCCAUCAAUCUUCUCAACCUUCUGAAGAUUGCAAACACGAUGUCCAAUCCCCUGUAUAACCCCUAUGCCUCUGGGAACCAGGGGCAGUAUGGACUCUCGACGACACAGGCAGAAAGGGACCCUCGGGGGGCAUCGUCCUUUCUUGGACAUAGUUCCAGCCUAAGAUCUUCCGGAGCUUCCUCUGGAAUUCCUGACAACUCUAGGCAAACCAUACCAUCAUUGAUGUCUCUGUCGAGAAAUUACAGGCCUGAACAAAGUAGGUCUGCCAUGGAUGAAGAUAUAGCUAGCUCUGUAGACAUGCACAUUAGCAGAGCCAGAGAGGAGGUGAGGCUUCUUGGACGAUCGAAUGAUCAGCCCAUGGACCAGGACACUCGCUUUUCCAGCUCACAGAGGGAUGAGUUUCUCCCCUUUCUGAGCACAGGAAUGGACUCCUACCCAAAGUCAUCAACCUCUGCCUCUCUGAGACAUAGAGGCAAUUUGGAUGGUCAAAGUGGCAGCAGCUCCUUUGACUGUUCAUCAAAGUACAAAACACCCACUGCUGACGACUCAAAAUUUUAUACGCCCUCUGAUUUGUCUAACUACCCAAGAAGUGAUGAUGGUAGGUUUGAUACCUCCAGUAAAAGAGAACAUGAGGGACUCGGAGAUUAUGGCUAUCAAGUUAAUCACAGACCUGCAGCCUCUACAGAGUCCAAUCGACCCAAGUACACAUCUGAAAUAGCAGCAAAAGUCCUUCUGCACUUUGGACUCGAAAAAGAUGAUUUGGAACAUCUCAUCUCCUAUCCUGAAGACCAGAUUACUCCUGCUAACCUGCCGUUCAUCUUGCGGGAAAUACGCCUUGAGAAGGACAAGAGAUCAACAGCAGAAGUUCAGUCUAAAACCUUCCCGGAAUCACAUUCCACCAGAACCGUAAGUGGAGUGGACAGCUACAGUUUGAAGAGAACUGGAGAAGCAAUGAUGCAUCAGCAGAAAACUCCAUCAGCUGUUCCCCAGUCAAGCAAUGUGAUUGACUAUGGACAUACUGGCAAAUAUACAGCAGGGUCUGUGAAUGAGAUCGUAAGGAAAAGUGAUCGAGACAGUGGUAGGAUUGGUAGUAUGAUGGCGAUGGACAGUACUGCUAGCAGAUACAAUCAACAACCACUGCAAACAAAUACAACGGAUUGGAAAAGCAGCGCAUUGGAUUCUUCAUGUGAGCAGGCGAGUUCUUUUUCCAGUCUCAUCUCCUCGCGUGGUUCAACAUUGAGUUCUGCAACUUCUCAAAGCACUGAUCAGACAAAACGUUUGCAGAUCCACCCUAACCUGACUUUGCAGAAUAUCCUCAGCUCUUACUCUCUGCCAAAGAAAGAUACAGACAUCAGAGGUCUCCAGUUUGAGGACUCCCAACCUGUUCUUUUGAAUCAACCAGAAGUAGAUCGCCAGGCAAAAUCGAAAACCCAACCACCAUCCACUUUGUCCCAUGGCAUACAUCCAAGCAGACCGGGCCUUGUGCUCAUUGGAAGUAAUGAUGCCAGUACAAAGGAUCCAAGUAAAACGAAAAGGUCAGUGGUUGUUGAACAUAUCAUAAAGCAGCAGGGUAAAGAGACGAAGCAAAUGCAGCAACAACCAAUGCAGACGCAGAUGCAGGUGCAGAAGCCCCAAAAGCAGCCGCUGGAGCAGAAGCAGAGUCAGCAGACCCAAGUCCAGCAAGUGCUGCAGACGCAUCGGGUGCAGAAGACCCAGAAGCAGCAGCAGGAACAGAGGCAGAGUCAGCAGACUCAAGUGCAGCAAAUGCAGCAGACGCAGAUACAGGUGCAGACAAGCCAGAAGCAGCAGAUGGAGCAGAAGCGGAAUCAGCAGACCCAACUGCAGCAAGUGCAGCAGAAGCAGACGCAACUGCAGCAGACACAGGUUCAGCAGACACAAAAGAAGGAGAUGCAACCUGUUUCUCAGGCAGGACAAACAAUGUGGCCUCCAGUUUCUUCUGCUGCACAAUCAGUUCCCCCUAUUCCAUUCCAUCCUGGGAUCCAUGGAAAUCCUCGCCCCUUCGUUCUUCCUCCAGUUCAUCCUCAGCCACCUGCGGGCCUGAUUCUCUACAAUCACUUGGCGAUGCUGUCCUCCAACGCGCAGUCUUCAGCCAAGGUGGUGGUCUCCAAGGAUCAGCCGACACCAGCCAUGAUGAAUGACUAUUCGGCUACGACCCCAAGACUCUUUCCACAUACCUGUUCUCUGUGUAACAAAAACUGUACUAAUAUGCAGGAUUGGAUCACGCAUCAGAACACCAGCCUUCACCUUGAAAGCUGCAAGAAAUUUCGAAGAAGUUACCCUGACUGGGAUGCUGAGAAGAAUAUCGGGUCCAGGACCGCAGGUAAAGAUGCAAAGUCCUCACCCUCAACCUCUGCACAGACUCGUCGACAUGAGAGAACCAGGCAUGAGAGUCGCUCCCGGUCCAAGUCAAAGAGCCCCCCUCGCCGCCGUGGCUCUGACGGUCGAAGGAAUAAACGACGUAGUCCAUCACGAUCGCCUCAUCGCUCCAGAUACCAUCGCAGGUCCCGAUCCCGGUCUCGUUCUUCCUCACGAUCUCUCUCUCGCUCUCCACGGCGCGAUCGGCGUAUCCCUUCACGCUAUCGGUCACGUUCAAGGAGCCCAGAGAGACAAUCGUCCCCAAGGAGGAGUGGCAGGAGAGGGUCAACACCGAGAAGGAGCCGUGAGAGACGUUCAACACCGAGAAAGAAGCGUGAGAGGAGAUCAUCGUCGGAGUCGUGCCCUGAACGAGAGAGGAAAAGCAGCGCAGAGAGACUGGCUAAGAAACUCUUGGAAACAUCAGGUAUCCAGUCACUGUCAAAUCAGAACGACCUGGAGGCCGUGGUUAAAAGUCUUGCUCCCGCCUUAGUGGCUGAACUAUCCAAGAUAAAAUCCUCCUCCUCCUCUUCCUCCGGUAAAGGAUGGAAACGCUCAUCUUCUCCUCCCUCUGCUGGAGGAAAGAGAUCGUCUGCAUCAUCCUCCUCUACAGCAAGGAAGGAGUCUGCAACGAACGCCUCUAAAGCAAAGCCCAACCUGCAGAAGAGCGAGUCUAGUAAAGCGUCGCCUCCGACCAUGGUGACCCUGCAGGGGAUUUGCCCAGCUGUCUCUCACAGUGAACUGCUCUCUGCCGUGGAGCAGUUUGGAAAAACAAAGUCGGUUGUUGUGUUUCGGGCCAAGAUGGAGGGCGUGGUGAUUUACGAGAAAGAAGAGGAUGCUAAAAAGCUGAAAAAUUUGAAGUCAUUCUAUGUCAACAGAAUCCCUCUCACUGUUGUCAAAGAAAAGGUGACUGUUUGUAAAGAGGAGAAGACCCCUCCUCUGAAAAAACCUGAAUCUACCACGCCUAAAGCUGUACCAACUGUCACAAAAGACAAAAAGGCGGUUUCAGAAGCGAAAAACAUCUCGACCCAACAGAAAGCCAAAACUCUACAAACUGGAUCGUUGUCUACAGAGGGAGCCUCAGUGUCCAAGUCAGAGUCUCCUGGAAACAAGCCUGCAUCUGAAAAGUCUAAGACCACUGUUAAAGAACCUGGAGAGGAGCUGAAAGACAAACCCAAAGCUCCAGAACCGGUGAACGCCUCAGAGGUUAAAGUAGAAACGAUCUCAACAACUCAGAAACCCAGAACUCCAGCGGACAAGCUGCCUACAGGAGAAGCUGCCACUAAAGAAAGUGUCUCUGAAAUAGCUCCAAAAGAUGCAAAGAAUCCCAGUAAAUCCACAGCUCCAGAUCAUCAGUCUGAUGGGGCAAACUCCAAGCCCAAAGAAUCUGAAACUAAGCUUCAAGAGUCUUUGGAGGAGCUGAGGGACACGGCCGAGGAUGUUGAAAAAGCACAUGAACUAGUUGUUGGACCCGAGAGUCGAGGAAAACCUGACAAAGCUGAAGAUGCAGAUGAACCGAUGGAGCUCGGGGUGUCAGGAGGUAAAGUAUCAGAACCUGUGGAAGUCAAAGGGGAAGAAACAAGUUCAGAGGCUGCACCAGAAAGUUCAGCAGACAAACCCGGAGAGAGUCGACCGCCAACUGGUUCAGAUGUAGCAUCAGCCAAGGAUGCCUCCGAAGCAUCUGACAAUGUCUCAGCCGAGGAAGCUGCACCCCUGACAAUGCAGCCGACGGCUUCAGUAACAUGCGAGCAGCAGCCUUCUCCUUCAGCGACAGUUACCCCUCUGACUGUCGGGGAGAAGGUCGAAAAGCUGCUAGAUACAACGAAAAUAGGCUGCUUCAACGUAAAGCGCUGCUUCAACCAAAAGUUUUCAAAGCUCGGCAAGAGGCAGCUGCUCGUAUCUGAUCUGCCCGAGUACAACGACGGCAGCUACACAGAGGACGAUGUUGCCAAGCUGCUCACUCCUCUCGGGUUUCGACACACGGACAACAGCAUCUUUGUUUUUCCUCAGGCUCGAGUGGCUUUCGUCAUGAUGCCGACAGUGAAGAGCGUACGUGAUGCGCUGAAGGCUUCAGUUGAUCACUGUGUUGUUUUGAAAGGAUCUCCACUCCUGAUCAAGGUGUUGACUGGAAACCAAAUGAAUGAACCGCUCGGUUUAUAUACCACCCUGAUGCAGCUGAUGAAGUCUGGUGAGAUGAGUAAAGGAAAUAAAACAGUGCUGAUCAAGAACAUCUCACUGGAGGAGACCAAGGAGCUCAGGGAAGCUUUGAAGGAUUUUGGUUCUUUCAAGAACUUCAUGCCUCUCCUCAACAAGGUGUUUAUGGAGUUCAAGACAGUUCAAGAUUCUGAUCGGUUUAUAGGUUGGUACAGUCUGUUGAAACCAGGGCGUGGCCACGAAGUACACAAGAUGAAUGAGUACCAAUGCAGCGAUUUAAAAACAGAAGCCGUAUCGGCCACAGCUCAGCCGAAAGCUGCAGGAGAGAAGAAAGAGGAAACAGCAUCGUCCCCUCACUCUUCUCCUGAUGGGGAGAUGGAAGAGCCCCAGCACCUGUGCAAAGAGAGAACAGAGGGUCUACCGGAAAACCCUCGCCUCUCACCACAGAUGAUCGUGAAAGAGGAGCCGCAGACAGCUUCGGUCUCAGCUACAGAUACCCUGUCUGUCUCUGUAGUCAGCAGUGGAGAUGUAGUCCCUGCUGCUUCCAGCCCUGAUCCCUCAUCCACAGUGCCCAUGCCUGAAGAAGACCUUGCAGAAUUCCCUCAGAUUGACACCGAAAUUUUACAGGCGCUCACGGCAGCAGUGCGCCAGCACAGACUCACACUAGCGGCAAAAAGGUUGAAGAGGAAGGAAGACGAGGGUUCUGGUGGAAGCAACACAUACUCAAAAACAUCAACAGCUGAAGCCGGAUCUGAAAAAAUGGGUCAGGACGAUCUUAAAGAUGCCGCUUCUUCAGAUGCAAAUCUCAUUGAUACAGAGAAUGUGAACAUGGAGGAAUUUGUCACUGUUGAUGAAGUCGGUGAUGAAGUUGAAGACCCAAAUCAGGAGCCUCAUCACUCCUCCUCAUCCAAACAUUCCUCCAGAAAGAGAAGAGAGAGGCAGAGUUCAAGUGGACAACGGACCUCAACGAGGUCUUCGAAGGACUCCAAGAGCUCAUCCUCUUCCUCAUCCAAAUCAAGUAAAGGCUCUGACUCUAAAAACUCAUCCGAGCACAGCAAAUCCCCAACCAAACCUUCAUCCUCCAGUGCCAGUAAGUCCUCCUCCUCCUCCUCGUCUUCAGGGGUGACUGAAACUCCUUCCACCCCUGAUAAGAAAACACAACAGAACAGGACAAAAUCUCCCGUCAAGUCAUCAGAUACAACAACCUCACCGAGGACCCGCUCAUCAGCUGCUGCACGAGAGAAGACUAAAUCUACAGGAAGUGUUGAGGCCUCUUUAGAGACUCAUCCAGAGAAACUUAGAGAAGACACAAAGAGUGUUGAGGCAAAGUCCGUCCACAAUGUGUCAGCAGAGGGCGCUGCUGCAGAAUCUGUGGAGUCAGAGAUGGAAACCUCAAUGGUGAAAGGUUAUGGCGACCAGGACAACAGUUUAAAACCCAGACCACUGGGCCCAAGGAAUCCCAGACUCUGACAUAGCUUCCAGAUCUUGGACAGUAUCGAUGAUGAACCUAAAGCCCAAACAGAGGCGUCCAGUGAAAUGGGAAUGGAUCUUUCUCACCAAGGUCAAAAAGACAGCGACAUGGUCCAAGACGACGGUUCCAGAGUAAUGCAGCUGCCAGAGAAAGAUCAAAGUUCAGAAGUGGAUAGUUCUGUAAAGGAGGGUGGGGAGAAGACAAAAUUAAAAGACGAAGAAGUCAAAGGCAAAACCCAAAUCCCAAACGUAGACCAGCCUCUUCGGGAAAGUGUCAACAAAGACAUUUCCAAAAGCCCUGGCACUGAUGAUACUGCAAAAGAAGGCUUUGAGAUAUUGGAUUCAACUGAUGAAACCUCAAGUAAGCAGAUAUCUACAGACGACAAAGGGCAAAGACUAGAGGAGGAAGACACUUAUCAGAUCAUUGAUUCUGUGGAAGAACCGCUAACAACUACUGAGACCGAGUCAGAGACUGACAAAGGUAGGAAAAAGACAAAGAGGGGAGAGAACACUUCAACAAAAGAUGGUAGACCUUCAAGGAGGAGCGGCCACACAAGCAAAACAUCCAAAAGAGAUGAGAAUGAGACGUCGCCAAAGAAACAAGAGAAGGGAGUUAAAACACUGACAAAUAUGGACGCCACUGGGGACAGAGAGGAGAUGAUGUUUGAGAUAGUAGAUUCUGUUGAAGACAGUUCAGAUCAAGAUGACACCACAAAAGACAGACCUGGUAGAAGAAGAAGAAGUACCAGAGGAAAGAAAGAGGAGACUGUGGGGAAAGAUCUCAAAGAAGCAUCUGAAAAUCCAGAUGGGGACGAGGAGGGUGCAUUUCAGAUUUUGGACUCUGUGGAAGGGGAGGUGGUUAAUGAUGAACCAGCCACUGCAACAAGAUCGAGCAGAGGACGGAGGGACAGAACUAAGAUAGAUGAGAAAACAAAAAACAGGGAGGACACCCCAACAAGAACUAGGCGUACUCCUGCCAGGGAGGACACACCAAAGAAAGCUCCUCCAAAAGAGAACCCACCACAGAAGAAGAGUGCUGGUGUUGUAGAAAGGAUAAGUGGGGAAGUUUCUACCUUUCAAAUAUUGGACUCUGUGGAGGACGAGGUUAUUAAAGACGAUGGGGCUGGAGUUAAAAGAAAGAGGGGAAGACCUAAAAAACAGGUUGAACCAGCUAAAAAAGAAGGCGCGACACCAAAGACGAUUGACAAAGAAUCACCUGACAAAUUGGCCGAAGAAGAAGCGACAUAUCAGAUUCUUGAUUCUGUAGAGGAUGAGUCAGUCGAUGAUGAGCCACCAUCAGACCAGUCUGGGACGAUCUUUGGAAAGAUUGAUGAACAAAAACAGAAGUGCGAAUCUCACACAUCAACUAAAAGUGAUGAAGAGGAGAAAGAACCCAAGUAUCAGAUCGUAGACUCUCCUGAAGACGAUCAGCUAACAGCGAUGGGGGAUUCCAAUAUUGAAAGACAGGAAAAAGCUAAGACAAAAGAUGAAGAAUCUGAAAGGGAAGGCACUCCAAUUUCUCCUACAGUCACUGAAACAACCGAAAAAUUGGUUGUCAAGAAGGAAAGUCCCCAUUGGAGAGUUGAUGGAAACGAUGAUCCGUCAGGUGCUGGGGAGAAGGAAAGGACACCCAAAAUCGACAUUGACAACAAUGAACCAUCACCAUUCAGAACCCAGAGCGAUACUGGCAUACUUGAAAAAGAGGACAAGCAGAAGUCCCCUGAGAAGCAACAGACGCCAAGCGCUCUGGUGAACCUGGACAAAGUUAGCGACGAGGAGGAGGAUUACCCCGACGACACGGCAGAGGAGGAAGAACUAAGGAAGCGUGAAGCUGCCGCAGAAGAGAAGCGGUCUCCAAAGGAACAGGAAGGAAGGAGCUGGAGCGGCAGCAGAGGACGAGGAUAUGGGAAAGGGAAGAGCAGGGAUAAGAGAGGAGGGAGGAAAGAGGAGGAGGAGGAGGAGGAGGAGGAGGUUGAUACCCAGGAGCUGGUUACUCUGGACGAGGUGGGGCCAGAUGACGCUGUGGAGGACGGAACGCGAGAUCAAGACUGCGAUGGGAAGACCAAGGAGGGAGAACCUCCGGCACCCAACGCUAAUGAAGUGACUGAAGGACAGGCUGAAGAAAACAUGAUGGAGACCAACCAGAGCCAGGAGGACAAAUCAGUCAACACCUCGAUCCAAACUUUACAUGAAGCUGGUGUGGUGAAGAAGAAGACCAACCGGAUGAAAACCAAGCUGAGAAAUCCUCCAGACCUGCAAAGCGCAAACACAAUGAAGACAAAGUGUGAAUUUUGUGACGGUGGACGAGGUCGGAGAGGUGGAAGAAGAAGAGGAGGAACAGGAAGCGGUAACAUCCAAGAGAAGAGGUCGAGGCAGGAGAACCAGACGGACUCCAGCCCCCAAACCAUUGGACAAAGAGUCAGCCAAACUGUCACAGAGGUCCAGAAGACAGCAGACUUCCAGGAGACAGUUGAGGUCCAGGAGACAGAGGAGGUCCAGAAGACGGCGGAGGUCCAGAAGACGGAGGAGGUUCAGGAGACAGCAGAGGUCCAGGAGACAGCAGAGGUCCAGGAGACAGCUGAGGUCCAGGAGACAGUUGAGGUCCAGAAGACAGUUGAGGUCCAGGAUACGGCACAGGUCAAAGCAGCUACCCAACCUGGCAUUGACACCUCCUCUGCUGGGCCGGAGCUGCAGCUGGAGAGCAAAACUCUGGAGGAAGGAGACGGGGAGGAGGCGAACCAAAAAAGGAGCCGGGCUGCCAUUAAAGUGGUGAAUAAAAGCAGGAGGGAGCUUCAUGGAACUGAAGCAAAGCGGUCUCGUUCUCAGUCUCCUUCUGUCCCUGCAGACUUCAAACUGCCAGAGUAUAAACCCAACAACCCCCUUGGUCAGGAGUUUGUCGUGCCCAAAUCUGGUUUCUACUGCAGCAUCUGCUCCGUUUUCUACCUGAACGAGAGGACGGCCAAGGAGCUCCACUGCAGCAGCCAGAAGCACUACGACAACCUGCAGAAACAUUUUCAGAAGAUUCAAAAGACGUCCCCGAGAGGUUCAUCUCAAUGUUCUCAAGGCUCUGUGUCCGAUUGAUCCAAACUUAAGCUCCUGGGUUUUUUUUUCGUUUGAAUGUAUGGAAUGACGCAGUUGGUUCGAGUGGCACGUAUUUGAUUUGUCCCAUCAAACCUAACCUGUAUUGAAUCAUGUUUUGGUGCCUCGCUUUGCUGCCUGCUGGUGCACAGCUUCCUUGAGUCAGUCGAGUCGAGUCCAAAAUGACUUUUGUUUCCUGUUUUUGUACACACAGGUGUCAAAAUAAAACCCUGUUACACAGUUAUAUUACUGUAUAUCUCUUAUGUAAAUAUGACAAAUGUUUUAUUUUAGUUCAUUCCUUGAGUUAAAUUAAAUCAUGGUACACUUGUCUUAUUUCACGUGAAUUAUGCAAAUUGAAAAUGUAUUAAAGAGGUGUAUCUUUAAGUUUCUUCGACAUUGAUCCUGUGGUGUUAAAGGUCAAUAGUUUGUCACAAGGUCACAAACGUCUUUAAGAAAAAAAAAAAAAGGGUCCAACGUGUUGAAUGGUUUCUGUUGUACAGUUUGCUUUGUUUAGUUUCUAUAAACAUCAAUAAAAGAAAAACAAGUGACUCAAA